UUCUGUUGGAAUACAACAAAAUACAAUACUAUUUUUAAUAAACGGAUUAAUAACUACAAAAACAAAAAACAACAUGAAAAUCGCUAUUGUCUUUGCUGCUUUAUUCGCUGUUGCCUUGGCCGCUCCUGCUCAGGAUUAUGCCCAUGCUGAAGUUUUGCGUUUGGAAUCUGAUGUCAGACCAGAAGGUUACAACUUUGCUUUGGAGACUAGUGAUGGCAAAACCCAUCAAGAAGAAGGCCAAUUGAAGAAUGUUGGUUCUGAAGAUGAGGCCAUCGUAGUACGUGGCUCCUAUUCCUUUGUUGCUGAUGAUGGUCAAACCUACACCGUCAACUAUAUAGCUGAUGAGAAUGGUUUCCAACCCGAAGGUGCUCAUUUGCCCAAUGUACCAACUGGCCAUUAAGUCCUUAGAAUCUUACAACUCUCUUUUCAAUAACUUUUUUAAGUAUAUAAGAAAGAGCUGUUGAAAA